GAUUCAACCUGUAGCUGCCGCAGGAGGAGCGCGCGCGCGUCCCGGAGGAUAAAAGCAGGUUGCUAUGGCGAUCACCGGUCAUUGAACGAGCGCGAGCGCCGUGUAAACCCGCACCUUCAUACACACCUUAAGAAGACAGACACCGGUGGCCGAGGAGAACAAAAAGUGGACCAGAAGAGGACUUUUUUUUUUGGGUGGGGAAUUUCUGCUCAGUAACUGUUUGACUCGUCCGUAAGAGUGAGUGUUGGGCUUUCGGAACCAUGUUUCCUCCUCACUGGGUUCUUCUGUGUUCUCUGACCCUGUUCGUGCCGCCGCAGAGAUCCAACGGUCAGCGGUGGUUGAUUGGGGAUAGAGACAGUCACUGCCCAAUAAGCUGCUCAAAAAGUCAAACCAAACCAGUGUGUGGCUCAGAUGGACGGAGUUACGAUACGGCCUGUGAGCUACAGAGGGCAAAAUGCAAGGAUCGUACACUGACGUUAGCCAACAGGGGCCGGUGCAAAGGUAAGCUAUAUGGGCGGAUUGAUCAGCCACCCAUGCUUACUGCUCCCACGCUGGCUUCAGAAGGUAAAGAGCUAGAAAUCAAAGAUUCAGGGCAGUCAAAGUGCCUUGUGGAGAGGAGCCAGGCUCUGGAGCAAGCCAAGAUGCCACAGGAGUCCAUCUUUAUCCCGCAGUGCAAUGAAGAUGGAACGUUUGCCCAGGUUCAGUGUCACACACUUACAGGAUACUGCUGGUGUGUAACCGCAGACGGAAAACCAGUCAGUGGGUCCUCAGUGCAAAACAAAACUCCGGUGUGCACAGGAAACUUCCAUGAGUUUAUGGGAACUCAUACUGGGACAAGUGAAACGACAGGUUCAGUAACCGAUAAACCUCCAGGACCACCUGGCUCUGGCAAAAAAGGAUCCAGUGCAGUGAUCCUGGACUACCUCUAUGCUACCCACCACAUUCCUAAUCUACCGAAAGAUGAUGGCUCCAAACCCACACCCACAAUGGAGACCUAUAUCAUCCCAGAUGGUGACGAAAUCACGGCCCCCACAUUGUGGAAGAAGCAUCUGCCCUACACCAAAGAUAAGCAGAACAGCUCCAGCAGCAGAAAACCAGAGAAAGUUCCUUCUUGUGACCAAGAGAGACAGAGUGCGCUUGACGAGGGUCGGCAUAACCCGAGAGAGGGCAUCUUUGUCCCAGACUGUGGGCCACUGGGAUUGUACAAGCCUGUGCAGUGCCACCAGUCCACCGGAUACUGCUGGUGUGUGCUGGUAGACACAGGAAGACCCAUUCCUGGAACCUCAGCCAGAUAUAAAAAGCCAGAAUGUGCAGUCCGCCCCCCUGUGUCAGAUAUGGAGGAUCCUUUCAGAGACCGAGAUCUGAAUGGCUGCCCAGAUGGCAAGAAAGUAGAAUUCAUAACCAGUUUGUUGGAUGCUCUGACCACAGACAUGGUAAACACCAUUAACUCACCUACUCCCUCUGGUGGCGGGAGAUUUGCAGAGCCUGACCCGAGCCACACUCUGGAGGAACGUGUGGUUCAGUGGUACUUCUUCCAGCUGGACAACAACCGCAGCCACGACAUCAGCAAAAAGGAGAUGAAGCCCUUCAAACGUUACGUAAAAAAGAAAGCCAAGCCUAAGAAAUGUGCUCGCAAGUUUAUUGAUUACUGUGACCUGAACAAGGACAAGGCCAUUUCUCUGCAGGAGCUGAAAGGAUGUCUUGGGGUCAAUAAAGAAGGUACAACAACAAGCAGCAGCAGUCAGGGGACAAGGCAAGGAACUAAUUUGUUCAUAGGCCGUCUAGUGUGAGAACAGAAGCUUCCAGAAGAUGAGCCAAGAGUCGAGAGAAGAAGUGGCUGACGACUUAAACAGAAAGAGAGAGAGAGAAAAAAAUAAUGUCCUAAAGAAAAAAAAAAGCUGAAACGAUAACGUCGGAGCCAAAAUACUUGCACUUUCUUCUCCCAGCAGUAGUCAUUUGUUCUGAUUUGGUUGUAAACAUUUUAUGAUAUAGGAUCUGAUGUAUGCAAAAGAAAUGGCACUCGUACACGCACGUGGCAGAAAACCCGCUUCAACCCGGCGCAACACGUUCGAACUUAUUAGAGUACUCAACACACAGCGAGGUCUAGUCAGUAUUAUACACCACAGCAGAAUUUAUUCACAAGCCUGCCAUGUAGUCUUCUGAAAUAGCGGUCAUAGUUGCACAUAGCCAGUUUUUUUAUUGUUUGUAUUUGUAAAGGUUUUUUUUUUUUUUUUUUUUUUUUUUUUUUACAUUGUAUGUGCACCAUUUGGACUAAGCACAUACAGAUUCGAAGUAUAACUCCCAUGUACCCUGAAUAUAAUGUGACAGAUGAAAAAUAAUGACGUUGGUACUGUAGUGUCCACUUUAUUAGGAACACCUGCGAAUUCAUGCAAUUAUUCAGUCAAUUCUUUUCUAAAAGGAUGAUGAUGAUAAAAAUAAUAAUAUUAACAAAUACCAUCUUUUUCACCUACAUAAUAAAACCAAGGAACAAUCCAUUGUAAUAUAUGAACAGGUUGUCAGUAUUGCAAUGCACUGUAGAAAGCAAUCAACCUACAUUUUUUUUGUUUUGUUUUUACAUUAGAGGAAACAAUAUGCUAAUGUGCUUGUUAAAAUCCUUUAUCUGGUAUAACAGCUUGAUGCAAAAUGGAAAAUCUGUUGAAAUGGUGCCUCUACGGUGAGGAAAUUCAUGUUGUGCACAGUGAACGCGGCACUAGUGAGUUUCUUUCGGGUCACAUCCAGGAAAGUCGGAUGCCCGUAUCAGAUACAGCAGUGUAAUCAUGUUGUGUAAUGAGUUUAUUUAUAGAAAUUCAUAUAAUAUAUUGGUGGCAUGUCAGAAUAUAAAGUGAACUCUAUACCAGCUUCGAGUGAACGCACGUUGCAGGAUGUAAAGCAUUUAGACUAAAUUAUUAAACACUUCCAAUAAAUAAAAAAAAAAGAGUGGAUUUAAACACUGCAAUUAAAUCUUUUCCAUCUGAUUCAUCAAAAACAUGUAUUUUUUUAAUUCACAGCACAUUUAAACACAGAAUGUACACCUAUAUCAUAUAUAACGUUAUGCAAUUCGUCACGUGAUAAGUAUCAAUGGUAACAUUAUUCUUUAAAUGCCUGUAGGCAUUAAUCGCUUAUCUAUGUGUUACACAGUGCUCAUGUAGUCCCUUGAAAUAAAGAGAAUUAGAAAAGUCAAAGAAGAAAAAUACAGAAUGCCAUGUGAGACGAUCUUUCCGAUCAAAGAAAGAUGGUAGAUGGUAGAUGAUUGUGUGUGUGUGUGUGUGUGUGUGUGUGUGUGUGUGUGUGUGUGUGUGUGUGUGUGUGUGUGUGUGUGUGUCUGUGAAGAUGUCCUUGGACGUGAUUGCUUCGGCUUGUGAAAGGGGAAAAAAAGCGCACCAGUAAAGUUGUAAAUAUGUAUCAUAUGUGCCGUUUGGUCUUUUGAGUUUUUCAGCAUCAGUCAUGCAGAAGACUUUCUAAACACAGGUUGUUUUUUUUUUGUCAUCAUUUAGAACCUUUUUUGAGUAAACUGUGUAAUUAAAGUGUUUUGCCAUCAGCCUGAGUUUGUUUAAAAGUUUGUUCAUUCCGUUUCAAUGCCUGUGUGUGAAAAUACACAUUUCUAAUGUAA